GACGACUCGAUACACAUGACCUGUCAUAUUGUUUGGCCUGUAAUUGCAGUCAAGGAGGAAAAUCUAACUGUACCAGUAAACCAUGUAACAGUUUGAUUGAAAUAUGCAAAGUGACCACUAAUUUAAAUGAAGUUGAGAAAGGCUGCUGUCAACAGUGCACCGAAACUGAUGAAACCAAAAGAGUAGAAAUUCAAGUGAAGGGAAGGGUAGAUAAAGGUUUGGAUAAUGAAAGGCCGACAAUCCAAAAGAUGUCUUGUCUUCAUAACGGACAUCUCUAUUAUGACAAUCAGAUAUUUGCUUCAAAUACUACUUCCAUUCAAAAAAGUCAAUCCAAUCAAUGUGUUCAAUGUAUUUGUCAGGCCGGUCUCGUACUCUGUAGACUUAAGACAUGUUAUCCUAAUAGCUGUUCUACAGUUGGCGACAAUAGUAAUAGACUUAAUGAGGAUUGCUGUCCAUUAAGAUCUAGUUGUCGAGAUAAACCAAUUAGCGAUUCAGACAAUGACAGCAAAAAUGAUGACUAUUUAGUUAGUAUUUAUAGUCCUAAUGAUGACUCGACAGCAAAUAACAACAAUAAUAAACCAUUUGGUGGUAAUGACUGUAAGUCUGGAGCAAAGAUCUAUGAAAACGGCGCCAAAUGGCACCCAAUGAUUGGCCCAUUCGGUCAAAUGGAUUGUGUCAUCUGUGUCUGUAUGAGUGGUACUGUCCAGUGCUCUCGUAUUAGUUGUGACCAUCUAAUCAAAGAUUGCCACAAAACUAAGCAAAUUCAAGGCCAAUGUUGUCCUAUUUGUGUCGAUCCCAUCAACACUGAGAGUCAAAAGAGCGAUCUUAAUAACCAUAGAACUCAACAAACAUUUUCUCAUUCAAUGUCUUACAAUAACAGCAAAAUUAAUGACAACUUUCAACAGAUUUGUAUACCACUAAAGUUGGACACAAUUGUCUACCGAAGUCACGCUCAAAGCAGUAACAGUGCUUACUAUCAAUACGCCUUUCAAACCAACAAAACCAAUAGGAGUACCACUUUAUACUCUUUUACUCUUAAAGAUGGCAAAAUUACAGACUUUUCACAACAAUAUUUAACAUACGAUGAAUACAAGGUGUUAUCAAAUACUUUUAAAUUUAAAUUAUUGGGUGCAACCAAACUAAAAUUUGUUGAAAAAUUAGCGAAAAAAGCAAAAAAGUUUCCAAUAAAUUGUCAGCAAAACUGUAAGACACGCGUAGAAAGACUGGAGAAAUCUCUCAGAAUUAAACCUAUUGUUACAAACACUUUGUGCGAUAAAAACACUUAUAAUUUUAAUUAG